CGGGUUUCAUUUCUGUCGUCUGUCGUGCUCUCUGUGCCGCUGAAUUUAGUCGUUGUCUCCACCUCAAGCUCGGCUGCAUUGCCGCAACUAAUUGUUGUAGUUCCUUAGUUUACGUUUGUUUUUUUUUUUACUUGGUUUUUUGUUUAUUUUUGCCGUACAACGCCGAUCAAGUGAGCCGCAACCUAGCAGGAGCAUACCGCUAUUGCCUAGUUCCCGGGAACGAGACAACCACGAAGGAGGGAAAUAUGACACAACAGAGCUUUGGGUGCUUGGUCAAGUGGUUCUAUCUGGUGCUGAUUGUCCACACCUUGCUCUGCAUCGGACAGCUCGAGUGUCGGCAGCACCACAAUCGCAAUAGCAACAACAACAACAACAACAGCAACAGAAGAGCAGACUCAUCGAGUUCGGAGGAGAACCACGGAAGUAAUACCAGUGACAGCAUCGACAGCUUCACGGAGAACGAGGCCAGCAUUGGCCAUGGACCGCGCCGGGGCCAAAGGAAGAAACAGCAGGGCGGCAACGGCAAUGGGAACGGGAAUGGGAAUGGCAACAAUCGCCACAAUCGGAUGGAGGAGAACGGCAUUUCGCUGUGGAUCAAUGAGCAGCAGCUGAAGAUGCUGAGCGCUCUUUACUUUCCGCAGGGCUACUCGGAUCGCAUCUAUGCCAUACACAACAGCCUGGUGACGAACGACCUGAGGGACACGACCCUGUACAACUUCCUGGUGAUCCCGUCCGAGGUGAACUACGUGAAUUUCACAUGGAAAUCGGGCAGACGCAAGUACUUCUAUGACUUUGAUCGGCUGCAGACGAUGGACGACAGCAUCUUAAAGGCCCCAACGCUGUCGAUCCGCAAGAGCGGACGGAUACCGCAGGAGCAGAAAAAUUUUAGCAUAUUCCUGCCCUGCACUGGCAACAGCUCGGGCACCGCCUCCUUCAAUGUGGGCCUCAAGAUCCAGACGCGCAACAACAAGCCGCUCUCAGGCACACCCAUUCGCCUCAACUUCAAAAAGGAAUGCGCCCAUAGAGGUGUGUAUGAUAUAGACGCUUCCAACCCUACUUCACUAACAACUUUGCAAGCUCCCGAUCCAGAAUGCAGUUUGAAGUGCGGCAAGAAUGGCUACUGCAACGAGCACCACAUCUGCAAGUGCCAUGUGGGCUACACUGGAAUGUACUGCGAGACGGCCUUCUGUUUCCCGCAAUGCCUCAACGGUGGCAACUGCACGGCGCCGUCAGUCUGCACCUGUCCGGAGGGCUAUCAGGGCACCCAGUGCGAAGGUGGUAUUUGCAAAGAGAAGUGCUUGAAUGGCGGCAAGUGCAUACAGAAGGACAAGUGCCAGUGCUCCAAGGGAUACUAUGGCCUGCACUGCGAAUACUCCAAAUGUGUGAUUCCCUGCCAGAACGGAGGCCGAUGCAUCGGCAACAACAUGUGCCGCUGCACGACCGGACUGAGCGGCAUGCACUGCGAGAUAGGACGCAAGCAACGCUCGAUCUGCAAGUGCCGCAACGGCACCUGUAUAACGAACAAGAAGUGCAAGUGCCAUCCCGGCUUCUACGGACGCCACUGUAAUGGUCGCAAGCGACGUCAUGCCCAUUGAAUCAUGCUGGGCUGCUGGGUGGCUGGGCGGCUGGAUGACUGGUCGAAGACGCAGGCACCAUUGCAUUCCCCGAUUUCCCCACGGUUUCAAUCACACGAUCGAUCGCACUCGAUACAUUGAAUUUACAACUUUUCUAUUAAACCACAAUAACAGCGAAAAUGGAUGAAACAAAAAUAAUACUAAUUGUGAUACAAACUUUUUGUAAUUUAACAUUUUUUAAAUAAAAACAAAAUCUUA